AUGACGGAGGAGUUUGACGACGAUGUCGUGUUUGAGAACUCGCCUCUUUUCCAAUACUUGCAAGACUUGGGACGCACGGACUUUGAGGCGUGCCCGACGGCGGCGCGGGAGGAUGACGGCGACCCGGGCGGUCCCCGGAAGACCGAGGGGCGAGUCACGCGGAUGCUGGCUGAAUCCUUGCGGAAGUGGAGCCCCUUUUGGAAGUCUCACACUCUGGAGCAGCAGCUGGACGGCGUGCUGGGAGAGCACUCGGUGCGCUGCAUCCUGGAGCAGGACGUUCUGCUACAGGAGGACGUGGAGCUGAUUGAGCUGCUGGACCCCGGCCUGCUGACGCUAGGCCCGGCUCCCGACGGAGCCCGUGCCCUGCCUCGACCCCGUCUUUUCGCCGCACCCUCGUCAUGGGAUUCGGCCGGUCUGGCCGGCUCGACGGCAGUUCUGCUGGGUCUCUUCUCGGCCUCCGGGGGCGCGUGGUCGUUGCCGACCGCCCUCUGGGUCCUGAUCACGCUGGGGUGGAGCGUCGCGCGUGCGGCGGCGCUGUGGAAGCGCGGCGGCGCUCAGCGGGCCGUCCACACGCGGGUCUCGCAGCUGCGCGCGCUCGUCCACGACAGCAAGACAUUGACGGGGAUGUCCCGCAAGGCGCUGCGUCUGGUGCAGGAGACGGAAGUCAUCUCCAGAGGUUUCACCCUUUUGCUCGACAGGGUGAGCGCAGCCGCCAACUUUAGCAGGGCGGGGCCAGGGGGGGCGGCGGCGCGAGGCCAGCAGCUGACGGGACUGCGGAAGGCCCUUUACCGGGCCCUCCGCUCGGCCUUCAGAGCCUCGCGAAGGGCCACCUGUCACAUGCUCAAGGAAUUCCCGCUGAGCUCAGAGGUCGACAACGUGACCAAUUAUGUUUCUGCGGUGCCCCUGAAGGAACUGGGCUUGGGCCUGGGCAUCGAACACCUAGGCGACGAGCAAGCCCAGGAGCUGACCGACGACUACAGCCUGCCGGCCCUCAAGGUGUUGUUCCAGCUGUGGCUGGGACAAAGCUCAGAGUGCUUCCGCAGGUUAGCCCUCCUGAUGUCGCCCCGCCGCCUGGAGGAGGAACGUAAGGGAGACCAAGAUUCUCCCCUUCCCGCACUGCAUCGCUCCAUCGCCGCCGUGACGGAGCCUCUUCAGCAAGCGCUGGCCGCCUGCCUGGAGGAGGUCCGGCGAAGCUACGAUUUCCACCGCCACUUCGAGACGCGGGCCGGGUCACGGGGCCGGGACGCCGGCGCCCGGGUCCGGGAGAAGUGCCGGGAGCUCAACGCCCUUCACGCUUCCGUCCGAAGCCUCCAGCUGCAUCUCAAAGCCCUUCUGAGCGAAAUGAUUAUCUUGGAGGACGACUUGGAGAAGCUGAUGGUAUCGAAGGAACCCCGCGAGCUGACCGCGGAGGGCUACCGGGACCUGAGCGACCGGUUGCAACAGCUCCAGCCUCACAUGCGAGCCAGCGCCGGGUGCUGGGACGACACCGUCGGACAGGUGGAGCGCAUGCUGAAGAGAGCCGACGAUCGUCCGGGUGACGCCGAAGGUGGGGAUUUGCGCGGGACCCCCACGUCCGAGAUGCCCCAUCCUCCUCCGUCCUAUCCUUUGAUUUUGGACAGAGAUCCCGUUCCGGAAGAACUGGAAUUGGAGGGCUACGUCUCCGAUUCGGACUCGGACGGCGAAGGCAAAGAAUCGCCGUGCGACACGCAGACGCCAGAGGAGCGGGAACGUCAGCGGCGCGAGCGGGAAGAGUCCCGCCGCGUCCUGUUCGAGCUCAAAUCGGUGCUGGGCUUCCGCGCGUCCGAGGGCGAGAGGAUGAAGAGAAAGCAGAUGCUCUUCAGUGACCGAGCCGCUUCCACUUGCUGUUCCGACGCCGUGACGGAUCCAUCCGCCGCGCCAGCCGCCUCAGCAGAAAAAGGCGACGACGACGGAAACCAGCUUUCGGAGGCAGGAAACGGACAGGAAGCGCGGGAAGGAAAAGACCAGCGGGUGAGGCCUGACCCCUCUGAGUUCAGUUGCGGUUUGGAGGCGGAGGAGGAAGCGGCGGGAACGUCGGUUUGCGCCCGAGGAGGAGGCGGCGCCUCCGAGUUGCACCAGUACGACGGCGAGGAGGAGGAGGAGGGACGGGACGGCUCCCUCGAAGCCAAAGUUCCCACUUUUUCCAUCAUGGACAGACUGACGGAGAUCCACGGCUCGCCGUCGCUCGGCUUUAGCUCGGCCGUGGCCAUGCAGGUGGCGGCGCGCUCGCACUCGCUGCCCAAGAUGAAGGAGCAGACGUUUGGAGAUGACGAGGAUGACGAGCACUGA